ACCCCCCACCCCCCGGGACAAGGGAAAGGCAAAAGAAUUUGGGGCGGUAGAAGAAGUAACAAUAAGCCGGGUGAGGAGAGAACAGCCAGGCGUCGGACUCUGUAAGCUGGAAACAAAGAGAGAGGACCACUUGUCUGCAGUUCAAUUAGUCUCUCUGAGCUUGAUGCGUUGCAACAAGACAGGCGGGAUGCCUCGAGGAGACUUCAACAUUUACUUUGCCAGCAGUCGACGUGGACUCGUCAGAGCCGAGGAGGCAGUGGGCGUUGCUCUGCUGGUGAUCAUCCUGGCUGCUCUCAUCCUCCUGGGCUGCUGGUACUUUAAGAGGAGGGGUGGCUACAGGAAAAUCAGGAGUGCCAGGUCGGGGUCGCCGGGUUUCACAGGAGGUCAGUACUCGGAGGAAGGAACCUCUGCGGAAAACAAGAUGGCGCUCACCGACUUCGGCAGCCUGCGGUCUGUGAUGCCAAACGCUCCUCCCGCCUAUGAAAAGAUCUCUUCUGGCCCGAUGCCUCCUCCCUAUUCACCUUAAAAAGGACACCCAAAAGAAGAAGGGCAACAUUGCAUGUUGCCUGAUGAUUAAACUUCUACGGGUGCUGGUCAUAUUAUUAGAAUACCAUGAAAAAGUUGAUUUAUUUCAUUAAUUCCAUUUAGAAAGUCAAACUUGUAGAAUGUAUACAUUCAUUCCAAACAGACUGAUACAUUUCAAGUGUUUUUUGCCAAAAAGGAGAUGAUUAUAGCUGACAACCAAUGAAAACCCUAAAUUCAACAUCUCACAAAAUUAGAAUAUGGUGAAAAGGUCAGAUAUUGAAGACACCUGGUACCACACUCUAAUUAGCUAACUAACUCAAAACACCUGGAAAAGCCUUUAAAUGGUCUCUUGUUUUGAUUCCGUAUGACACACAAUCAUGGGGAAGACUGCUGACUUGACAACUGUCCAAAAGAUGACCAUUGAUACUUUAAAGAAAGAGGGCAAGACACAAAAGGUCAUUGCCAAAGAGGUUGGAUGUUCCCAGAGCUCUGUGUCCAAGCACAUUAAUAGAGAGGCGAAGGGAAGACAAAGAUGUGGUAGAAAAAAAGAGUACAAGCAAGAGGGAUAACCGCGCCCUGGAGAGGAUUGUCAAACAAAACCGAUUCAAAAAUGUGGGGGAGAUCCACAAAGAGUGGACUGCAGUGCUUCAAGAACCACCACGCACCGACAUAUGCAAGAUAUGGGCUUCAGCUGUCGCAUUCCUUGUGUAAACCCACUCUUGAAUAAGAGACAACGUCAAAAGCGUCUCGCCUGGGCUCAAGACAAAAAGGACUGGACUGCUGCUGAGUGGUCCAAAGUUAUGUUUUCAGAUGAAAGUAAAUUUUGUAUCUCCUUUGGAGAUCAAGGUCCCAGAGUCUGGAGGAAGACAGGAGAGGCACAGAAUCCACGUUGCCUGAAGUCCAGUGUCAAAUUUCCACAAUGGGUAAUGAUCUGGGGUGCCAUGUCAUCUGCUGGUGUUGGUCCAGUGUGUUUCCUGAGGUCUAGGGUCAAUGCAGAAGUCUACCAGGAAGUUUUAGAACACUUUAUGCUGCCUGCCGCGGACCAAUUUUAUGGAGGUGAAGAUUUCAUUUUCCAACAUGACUCGGCACCUGCACACAGUGCCAAAUCUACCAGUACCUGGUUUAAGGACCAUGGUAUCCCUGUUCUUGAUUGGCCUGCAAACUCACCUGACCUUAACCCCAUAGAAAACCUAUGGGGUAUUGUGAAGCGGAAGAUGCGAGAUGCCAGACCCAACAAUGCUGAAGAACUGAAGGCCACUAUUAAAGCAACCUGGGCUCUCAUAACACCUGAGGAGUGCAACAGACAGGCAAAGGGAGCUGCAACUAAGUAUUGAUUGCCGUACAUGCUGAAACUUUCCAUGUUCAUACUUUUCAGUUGGCCCACAUUUCUAAAAAAUAUUUUUUGGUACUAGUCGUAACUAAUAUUCAAAUUUUCUGAGAUACUGAAUUUGGGAUUUUCAGUAAUUGUCAGUAUUAAUCAUCAAAAUUUAAAGAAAUAAACAUUUCAAACAUAUCACGAUGCGUGUAAUGAAUUGAUAUAAUAUGUAAGUUUCUCGUUCUGAAUAUAAUUACUGAAAUAAAUCAACUUUUUCAUGAUAUUCUAAUAAUAUGAACAGCACCUGUACGUCUAAACUGCACAUACUGUCUCAAAAAAACGAUUAAAACACUAAAACAAGGAGUCUGUGUCGAAGAAACCCCCCGUCCAAAAAACAAGUAGGGGGGACAGAUGUUUAUUAUUAUUGAUUCCAUGCUUUGAUCUCCACGUUAGUUUCAUGAAAAUGUACCUUUGUAGAAAAUACUCUAUGUGGUAGAAAAUAAAUAAAGAGUGAGUGCAAAACA